UCUGCUUUUAAUUCGGAUUUUGCACUAAAUCUUUCGUGGCCCCGUCAGAAACGGAGCGAGCGACCGUCGUGCUCCCCGUAGCAACUACUGCACUUUUAUCUGCGAGCCAGGGCUACAGUAAAUAACGUUGUGAAUAUUAUGUGGUAUUUUUUAGGCAUUCCGUUGCGGCAUCGCAAUACACAGUGUGUACACACUGUUUAUGAUUCAUCAGCUGUCGUUAGUUCGAGAAAGUUGAGAACGAAAACAACACGUAAAAAGAACGCAGUUUACAAAAAGUCGGUUAAAUCUUUAUUGUUUAGAGCAAUACAAAAAAUUUUCGGAAUGUCGAUUAACACGGCACACGCCAAUAAUGGCGUGCUAAUACACGCAGGCGAAUACAUUUUAUUGCACAGCGAUAGUGUGACCAUGGACUUCUCGGGGCAGGAUAAUCCACUGUUCCAGGGCUCCAAGCAGGGACGCAUCUAUUUAACGUCGCAUCGUAUGAUCUUUAACAACAAGAAACCAGCCGAUACGAUGCAAUCCUUCAGCGCACCUUUUGUGGCUUUAUCGGAUGUGGAGAUUGAACAGCCCGUGUUUGGUGCCAACUACAUCAAGGGCAAGGUGCGCGCCCAGCCGAAUGGCAACUACGUGGGCGAGGUGAAGUUCAAGCUCUACUUCAAGGCUGGAGGCGCCAUCGAGUAUGGUCAAGCAUUGCUGCGUGCUGCUAAAACAGCGCAGGGCAACUUCCAUCGCGGCGGCCUUGCUGGCGAUGAUCCUCCACCCUACGCACCGGCUGGCGCAUGGCAUGAGGCGCCACCACCGGCGUAUCAGCCACCACCCGGCUACUACGGCUGGUUGCCGCAGCAUGAUGCGUUUAGUGGCCCAGCUCCGAAUACGGUGUACAUCAGCGAUAAUCCGCCGCCGUAUCCGGGCAUCAUACCACCAACUAAUCCACAAGCACCGCAACCGCACCAACAACCGUACCAGCAACCGUAUCAACAACCGCAGCAGCCACCACAGCAGCAGCCAACUGAACCCACUUGGUAUGGUUUUUCAGCGCCACCAGAUCAGCAACCACAGCAGCCACAACAGCCCGGCUAUGGAGCACAAGGCUGGAAUGGUGGCUAUGCUCAGCCGCCACCAUAUGCGUCCGUUGGUGGUCCAGCUGGUGGUCCACCUUAUGGCGGUGGUGUACCGGCCCAAGUUUAUGGAGGCGGCCCUGCUGCUCCCUAUGGAGGCUACAAUCCCAAUAUACCCAGUGGUUUCAUGCAGCCCGGCUUGCAGCCAGCAGGCUAUCCGGGACAGCAGCCAAAUGGCUAUCCAGGCGGUAUGCCACCACAGCAGCAACCAGGUGGCUAUCCACCACAGCAACAACCUGGUGGCUAUCCACCACAGCAACAGCCAACAGCUUCUGGCUCUGCUGCCAAUGCCGCUGGCGGUGCGGCAUCCGCCAACUUUAUGGGAUUCAGCUUGCCACCUGGAAAUUCAAAGGAAGCUGAAGCUGCGGCCAGCGCCUACAAUACACCCUACAACCAAGGACCUAGUGCACCCGGACCCAAUGAUUUACCGCCAUCAUAUAACAAUUUGCCACCCAGCUACGAUGAUGCAUCGAAGAAGCAUCAAUAAUAAAAGCUUCUGUUAACAAUAAAAUAUUAUAAAUAUAUAGUAGACCACAAAACGGCUCAUUCCACAAUCCUUAAAUUGUGCAAGGACUUGUAUAGCAUACGAUUUAAUCGCCUAUAAUUGUUUAUAAAAUUUUGCUUCGUUAAAUAUGCACUGCAAAAAGUAUUGAUUCAGCUAUUGUGUUUUAAAUCGCAUCUCAAAACUAAUGGAAAAAGCGCGAAUAAUCUGUUGUUGUUUUUAGACGCUUGUUGAAUUUGAAACAUUUUUGUAUUUGGUCUGAAAUGCAGUCACAAGUAUGUAAUUGUUUUUCUUUUUAUACAAAUGUUAUUUAACUAUUUUACAAAUGAAAACAUAGAUCUAUGCAGACCAACUAAACAUUCCACUUGAAGUCUAUUAUCAACAGAAAUGUUGAAAUUGACUUUAGUUUUGGAAUGUGCAACUGGUCUGAAUUUUCUAUUUAUACUAUAUAACGAAUAUAAUUGUACAUGAAAUAUAAAUAUUUGUGUAUCUAUAA